UGCAGCCAGCAGCUCAUCCCCACCGCUGCUGCCCCUCUGCUGCCCCGGCACCGGCGGCGCAGCAUGCGGCUGCUGCUGGAGGCAGCGCUCCUGUGCCUGACCCUGCGCCUGGCGCGGUGCUCCGAGGAGGCAGCGCCCGACGGCGCCGGCCACCAGGACCCCCAGGCACAGGCAUCCUAUUCCGACUGGGGCAUCGAGACCAUCCGCGAUGGCUUCGAGACGGUCAACAGCUACUUUGAUUCCUUCCUGGAGCUGCUUGGGGGAAAGAACGGAGUGUGUCAGUACCGAUGUCGAUAUGGGAAGGCUCCCAUGCCACGGCCUCACUACAAACCCCAAGAACCCAACGGCUGUAGCUCCCAUUUUCUGGGGCUCAAGGUACCUGAAAGUCUAGACUUGGGCAUCCCUGCCAUGACCAAGUGCUGUAACCAGCUGGACAUCUGCUAUGACACCUGUGGGGCCAACAAGUACCGCUGUGACGCCAAGUUCCGCUGGUGCCUGCACUCCAUCUGCUCCGACCUCAAGCGCAGCCUGGGCUUCGUCUCCAAGGUCCAAGCCUGUGAAUCCAUGGCAGACACCGUGUUCAACGCUGUCUGGACCCUGGGCUGCCGGCCCUUCAUGAACAGCCAGAGGAGCGCCUGCAUCUGCAGCGAGGAAGAGCGGGACGAACUGUGAGGAGGAGCAGCCGCCCCUCUCCAGCACAGCGACUCCUGUCAGCCCUCGGGAUGAGGGACAGCAUCCAGGACAGCCUCUGGGCAGGGCAGGGCAGGGCAGAGCCAGCCCAUGGACAGAGGGCAGCUGCAGCUCCACAGCCCCACUGCCCCUUCCCACGCUGGGACCCCGUGCCAGUUCUCCCCACGGACCGAGGAGAGGCAAGCAGGAUGCAGUGCUGCCUUUAAACAGGACUUACCUUAAAUACACACUCUUACCUCCCCCCACCCUGCAGCUCUCUCAUUUGCAGUGCAAGGCAUUAGGUUUCUGCGAGCCCUGUGAAAUUCCCAGUCCGUGGAUGUGCUAUUGACAUUUUUGCACUGAAGAGGGGUAAUUUGCUUUCAGUACGUUGCUCACACCCAUCCCUGACACUUACCAUCCUGUCAUUACACACCCACAUUUAAAUACUUGGUGGAUCCUAAACUGAUUUAAGGCAUUUCUUAAGCAUGAGUUAAGGAGAAGGGCUUGAGGUGUUUGUGGUACACGAUUGAUAUUCGGGACCAAAGCCCACCGUUUAUCAGAUGUGAAACCACAGCCCUCUCCCCCAGCCUCAGGAGAGGAAGCCACUUUUCUUUGUCAGUGUCAUCCACAUCUUUUUUAUUACUUUUCUCCUAUAGCACUGAACAAAGCUUUGCCCUUAGAAUCCCUUUUCACACAAAAUGGCUGGGUAUCCACCUCCAUCUCUCACACAAGGGAAACAGGAGGCUCACAGUGGCCUUGGAUGAGAUAUUGGAAAUUCUGGAGGCUUAUCUGUCAGGUGACAGGACUCAAAUGCUACCUCUGUGGGGCUGCUAUCAGCAGCCUCAGACACCAUCCCUUCUAAAACGUGGUUAAUACUCCCAUCUGUUAUGGGGAGCUUUUGUUGCAUGCAAAACCAGAAUUUAAAGUGGUGCAUGGCAUUUUGCCUCCACAGAACAUUGGCAGGCAGCUUUCAGCUGGGUUUCUUGUUGGAAGGAAGUUGCUACUGGGUGUGCUCGUGCCGUGCCACGUAAAUAUUUCAGCGGCUCCUGCAAACAUAUUUAUGGUUAUGUUCUUCCAUCUGCCACAGAGAAGUUAAGGCUGCAAAAUGGUUGAUUUAACAAGAGUGGAAAGAGUCUGUCUUGGUUGCUUUUCUUCCAGUUUAAAUGGGUUUAAAAUGUAUGCAUGGAGCUACAAAUUAUGUAAGCCCCUGUAUUCCUGCUCCUGCCAGUCAUCUUUGCCUUACAGUGAACAGCAAUGAGACGUUCAGCCAGCCCCAGGUGGGCUGGAACAACAAGAGCCUGCUGGUAUCCAGACCAGGAAAAUGGAAGUGACUGCGUGGGGUGUACUGGGAUGUUUUCCACCACAGAGGACUUCAGCGCUGAUCAGAUGUAAUGACAACCUUUCCUAGCUGGGCUAAAGCCUCUGGAGAGAGAAUUCUGCUGAUGUUCACCGCUCUGUCAGAGCAUGAGGCUGGACAGACAACCUUGAUUAUCCAGCUAAGAAACACAAUCCUCCUUUUGGCUAGGGAUGGGAAGGAAACAUUCCUCGUUCCAGACACUUCCCCAAACUUUGUAUUUUGUUGGUGAAAUGGUGCCUGUGGCCAGUUUAAAUGUGAACAUACUGUUAUGACUAAAUGACAGAAAAUAAAUUAAAAUAGCUAUAUUGUCUAUGUUCAAAAGCUGACUGGAUGGCAAAUGUUUUAAAGUAUUUUAUAGUUCCAGUGAUAUCAGAUUAAAGCCAAGCUGGCAGGUGAUGACAUACACUGGAGAGAUCAAAGGGUUCUGAACAAAAUCUCUGUACCUAGACACUGAUGUGCUGGAGACGUUCCUAACAUAAAUCAUAAUUUCUCCCUGCUUUCAGACCAUUCAUCCCAAAACCCUAGAGACUGCUGCAAGCUGGCCAGCUACUGAAUAAAUUCAAUUUUCACUGUGGUAAUCUGAAAAACCCCACCAGCAGCUCUACAUGGAAAUAUUUGAACCUCCAAGUGGUGGCAGUGACUCCGGCAGAGCACCAGAUAAUCCUGUGCAGGAGCAAACCAGCGCAUGAACUCCAGUAAAACUGCAUCCUAACUAACAUCUGCUUCCCCUCUGUGCCACUCCUGCUAUCCAGUGAUGUACAGUGAUGGAAG